GGUGAAGUUAAAUUGUCAAAUUGUCUGCCUAGUCAGUAGUUUCGGUUCUCAAACAAAACAACUUAGCAGUGAAAAUGUUCGUUAGGAUUGUAGUGAUUCAUGCAAUUAUAACUAUUGUUGAAAUUUACUUAAAACUUAAUUCUUAAUUAGAUUGAAAAUGAUGUUUCUUCAUGAUGUUUAAUAUCAUCAGUAACGAAUUACCAUUACGCCAUAAAUAUUUUCUGUGUGAAGUGAGAGAUAGAAUAGAACCACUCCUUAAAGGCUGACCGGCAUAGUUUAUUACAGCCCAUUAUCAAUAAUAACAGUAGUUACUGAUUUAAAUAUUAAUUAUAUAACAAAUAAAAAAUGGAGUUCCUUUUAUGUUUGGAGUUUUUGGUUGCAUUUCUUAUAAGACUUUGGCUUAGUUUAUCAGACUACAAACAGGUUAUAUCUGAUAGAGUGGAAAUUUCCACACCUCUCAAUUCGUGGAAAAGAGUAACAGAAGGAGUGAUGCUGUACAAUGAGGGGACGGAUCCGUACAUCGGAGACAUGUUUCAUGAAACUCCACUGGGACUGGUUAUCUUUCACUGGAUGAUUGUAAAUAUUCCUCGAUGGCUGCAUUUGGUGUUCAUAUGUUGUGACUUGAUUACCGGCUAUUUACUGUAUAAGGCAGCUAAGAAGUGCAUGGCUGACUUGCUGGUGCGCCAAAGCAAAGACCAGCACAAGUAUGCUCCUGGUGUGGAGAAGCUGUUGUUAGUUGAGGAAGAGUUACGUAUGGCUCCUAUAUACGUUGUGUCUGCAUAUCUCUUCAACCCCUACACAAUACUGAGCUGUGCUGCCCAGACAACCACUGUCUUUGCGAACCUCUGUCUUGGAAUCUUUUACUACACAAUGUUGCACGGCAACCCAAUUGUUUGUGGGCUAUCCCUGGCCCUGUCAACACUACAGUCACUGUACCCAGUCACGCUGUUGGUGCCUGCUUGUAUCUUGACAGCACAAUCCCACCCAUCAAACAUGUCAGGACAUGUCCUGCUGCUAGUUGCGUUGUUUCUAGCACCUCUGCUGGGAUUGCUGUAUCUCUGCCACUGCAUCAACGACAGCUGGGCAUUCCUCUAUGCCACAUAUGGGUUUAUCCUGAACAUCCCAGACUUGCGUCCCAACGUCGGGCUCUUCUGGUACUUCUUCACAGAGAUGUUUGAACACUUCCGGGCACUGUUCAUCUGCGCAUUCCAGUUAAAUGCGGGUCUGCUGUAUGUGGCACCGCUGUCACUGCGGAUGUACCGAGAACCUGUACUUCUGGCUGCCAGCCUCACGGCACUAACUGCAGUGUUCCGGUCGUACCCCAGCGUCGGAGAUGUAGGCUUCUACCUUGCCCUGCUGCCGAUGUGGAAACAUCUCUUCCAUUAUAUGCAGCAAGGGUUCGUGGUCGGCUGUUUCUUCCUGGUGACGUCUGUCCUAGCGCCUGUUCUCUGGCAUCUAUGGAUCUAUAGUCGCUCUGCAAAUGCUAACUUCUACUUUGGUGUCACUCUGGCGUUUGCCACUGCUCAGAUAUUCUUAAUAACGGACAUCCUGUUUGCCUACAUCAAGCGAGAGUUUGCUCUGAGGAACGGGCUGAAGAGAGUUAUCGACGGGGAGGAGGCUAAGCUUGUCCUCGAGUGAACCACCAACUGACUACAAGGCUGAGAUGAUCGCCAGACCAAAGUGUUCAGUGCCGAGGCACACUAGUUUACGUUUUAUAAGUGUAAGAACAUGCUUCAUUGAUGUGAAACAAUGACUUUUGCAUUUUAUGAACUGUGAAACAAAACAUUUGUAUCUGAAUAAGAAAUAUAAUUAACUCUCAAAACUGAUCUAAUAAGUUCUUAGAGCAGAUUUCUGAGUCAGAUUUAAUGAACUCUAGAACUAAAAGUAGAUAAACGAAGAAUUAAAUAAUGUUGGGAUUAAAAUCGAGUUUCUGUUUAGCUCCAUAAUGUAACUCCAUAACCUGAGGAUUAGUCUUUACCUAAGUUUUGUUUCACACAUAAAAAUCGCUACCUUGGGCUUAAUUCAAUGUGAGGUAUGAAACCACAGAUUUUCAGUUUUGUUGGUUGGCAACAAUCCUAGAUGCAGAUUCCAUGGCAGGCUUUACAACUGAACUGUUAUUUACCUGAUUCGACCUUGUACUGACUUGCCUACCUACCCCAAUGGUAGCAGUCAGUUUGUAGUGUCGUGAGAAUUGUACUGGUCAACCUCCAUAUUACCUAAUUGUUCAUAGUCUGCAACAAUACAAGUAUUUUAAUUCUUCCACUGCCAUUCCUUCUAAUAUGGUGAGCAUACUCACAAAAGUAAGUAUAUCAACCGAUCCAAGAAAAAAUAUUGUCUGAAAACAAAAUGUAAUUCUCAGUAUUAAUCAGACUAGCAGUAACCUCUUCACACACAAUUUCAUUUUGACAAACGGACACCAUGAGCAUAUUAUUUUUAAAUGGCAUUUCAAACAAUCCUGAUAUAAGUAGUAGUCAUUGAAAGAUAUUCCAAUCUAUCAAUCCAUUUUAGAUUAAAGUUUAAAUAUGAAACUCUGGUCGGAUAGUGAAUCUGCUUUUAUAAGUACCUCUGAAAUUUCUCUCCAAUAUUUAAUAAUAUUGAAUGGCUUUCAGUAACAAUUGAAGUAUUAAAGGCCAGUGUAGAGAAAACCUAAAUUUAAAGGGAGACCAAAAUCAAAGUCCUUAGCUUUCCAUUUAACACUCUUAUGGUAUAAUAAAUUAUGGCAUUUUACUGUAGUUGAUUAAAAUCCCAAUAAAACAAACCCAGACAAACAAAAGCUUCUACACGUAACAUGACAUUUGUAAAGUGUAACUGACUUUAACAGAUGAAUAAAAAAAGCAUUUACUAUCACGUGUUUAAAUAUGGAUAAUUAUUGGUAAAUUUUUAUUGUAGGCACUUUACAAUAUUUGUUAUUUUUUCAAAAGGAAAUGCUUAAAAUUAUAUUAAGAAUAAGAUAACAAUUAAAUUUUAGAAAGGUCGAAAUUUUUUAAAUUUCAUAAAAGGCACUAGUAGUUGAAUGGGCUAACAGCAAUGCCUCCAGCUAUAAACAAGGGCUAUUGUAAGAAAUUGUUAAAAUUAGUUGUAGAUUGUUUUAAGAAAUGUGGCUAAAGUAAAAAUAAUCCAAAUUAUUUAACUUUUAUUCUUGCUUUUGACACGUAACUAAAAACACAUUUACUAAUCCAGAUUACAAUAAAACAAUACAAUUUUAACUUGCAAAACUUGGAAAUGUGGAAAUUAAUAGGUUAUUUACAAUGUUUACAGCAGUAAACAUGACAGAACCAACAAAUUGGGAUUGUACGAUUACAGUAUCUGCAUAGUUUGUUAUAUUGUAAUCCCAGUAAUGUUUUAUCUUACCUAAUAUAUCAUGUGCAUAUGGUAACAACAGCUGUUAUUUGGCAUUUUUACUAGAUUCAUUCAAAAUAUUACGUGGUUACUAAUUUAAUGUUUAUUUUCAUAGUUCUAAUGCACUACAAAAAUUACUUACUAUAAUUAAAACAUGAUCAAAGGUGGCCUGAAUUGUCUCAUUGUAAUCUUUAGGUUAAGAUAUUUUUGACUUUUAAUUCAGCAAGAUUAAAUUUUAAUCUCAGUUUUGCGAAUCUCUGGCUCAGCAAUCUGUCCUGGGAAAACUCAGGACCAACUUUUGCCAGUUAGAAGUUUCAUUGAUUCUUGACUAUUAAUAAUAAACUAUUGAGAUCAGAAAACCAUUGUCCCAGUUCUACUUUAGAAAUGUUUCAAGUUUAGAUUAAGCGUGUCCAUGUUUCAAAACCUGCUCAUAUUCUGAAAACCACUAACUGAGAAAUAAAUACCAUUACAGCUGUGUAUUUACUUUUUAGGUAGUUGUAAAUUGUGUUUGUUACACACGUUUUAUAGACAUAAGAUUGUGUAAAUAUAAGAAUUUGUAGGUAAAUAAACUUUUUGUUACAAAUGA